CACGCUGUACGGAUUGGCUUUGACUCCUCUGUACUAUUUGGCCAGAGCGUAGUCACAAGUCUCCCCCCUGCACACUCCUUUGUGAUCUUGCACUUUGGGACAGAGCCACCUCUGGAUAAUUGGCACAGCUGGCACCUCUCCUCUGCUGGGAUCUGAUCUGGGUUCGGAGGAGUCGGGAUGGCUGGAAGGAGACUCAUCAUAGGAGUGCAUGGAGUCCUUCUACUAACUUUGGUGGUGGGCUAUAACAUUGAUGUGGACCACCCCAUUGUCUAUAAGGGUCCCAAUGGCUCGUUCUUUGGAUAUUCGGUUCUGGAGCAUCACCAUGAUGACACGAGAUGGAUACUGGUUGGCGCUCCAAAAGCAGAAUCAAAAUUUAGCUCAUCCAUAAAGACUCCAGGAACUAUCUUUAAAUGCAGAAUUCACAACAACCCAAACAAGAAAUGUACAGAACUCGAUAUGGGAAGAGAAAACAGUCGGGGGACUCCAUGUGGAAAGACAUGUAAAGAGGAUAGGGAUGAAGAGUGGAUGGGGGUUAGUCUGGCAAGGCAGCCCAAGCCUGAUGGCAGUGUUUUGGCAUGUGCUCAUCGCUGGAAGAAUAUUUACUAUGAAAGUGAGAUUAUACUUCCUUACGGGUUCUGUAUCAUCCUGCCACCAAACCUGCAGGGCAGUGGAAGACCGCUAAGGCCUUGUUAUGAAGAAUAUAAAAAGAAAUAUGGAGAAGAACAUGGUUCUUGCCAAGCCGGGACUGCAGGAUCGUUUAUGGAGGAUCUGGUUGUAAUGGGAGCUCCGGGAUCCUAUUACUGGACUGGAACAGUUAAAGUACUGAACAUCACCGACAACACAUACUUCAAGUUAAUUGAUCCAGAAGUCACUGCUAAACGCUACACAUACUUAGGGUAUGCAGUCACAGCUGGUCAUUUCGUUCAUCCUACCACUGUAGACAUAGUAGGUGGUGCUCCCCAAGAUAGCGGUAUCGGAAAGGUCUAUAUUUUCAAGACAGAAAAACGAUUACUUGAGAAGAAAUUUUUUGUUUCUGGGAAAAAGAUGGGCUCUUACUUUGGCUCCUCCUUAUGUGCAGUUGAUCUCAAUGCUGAUGGCCUAUCAGACCUCCUGGUGGGGGCACCCAUGUUCUCAGAGGUGAGGGAUGAAGGACAAGUGACCGUUUACAUCAACAGAGGAAAUGCAGUCAUGGAAGAACAAAUUGUGUUGAAUGGUGACAAUGCGUACAAUGCACACUUCGGGGAAAACAUGGCUAACCUUGGGGAUAUCGAUGAUGACGGUUACCCAGAUGUUGCAAUUGGAGCACCAAAAGAAGAUGACUUUAUAGGUGCUGUUUACAUAUAUCAUGGAGAUGCAAAUGGAAUUGUACCCCAAUAUUCAAUGAGAAUAUCUGGAAGAACAAUUAGUCCAGCUUUAAGAAUGUUUGGACAGUCAAUUUCUGGAGGUAUUGACAUGGACAAGAAUGGCUAUGUAGAUAUGACCAUUGGAGCUUUUAUGUCAGAUCAUGUUGUGCUGCUAAGGACAAGACCAGUAAUUACUGUGAAGGUCUCCAUAUUGCUGCCAUCAUCUAUUAAUAUCACUGCACCACAGUGCCAUGAUGGUACACAACAUGUGAACUGUGCCAACGUUACUGUUUGUUUCCAGUUCUAUGGCAAGCAUGUUCCUGGAGAAAUAGGUUUAACAUAUAAUUUGACCGCUGAUAUUGAGAAGAGAGAGAAAAGUCAACAACCCAGGGUGUUUUUGGUUUCAUCAGGGGAAACGGUUGCUCAUAUUAGUGAGAAGAUACAGCUCACCCACAUGAAAGAGAAAUGUGACCAGUAUCUAGCACACGUAAAGCGCAGAGUAAAAGAUGUAAUUUCACCUAUUGUUUUUGAAGCAUCAUACAGCCUUGGAGAGCACAUCAUUGGGAAAGAGGAGAGAGACUUGCCUGCUCUUAAGCCAAUACUCCGUUGGAAAAAGGGACAGAAAAUUGCCCAAAGAAAUCAAACGUUCUUUGAAAGGAAUUGUCGCUCCGAUGACUGCCCUGCUGAUUUACAUCUAAAAGGCCAACUACUGCUGUCUAGCUUUGACUCAAAAACCGAGUAUUUGGCAUUGGGAGCUGUGAAGAACAUUUCCCUUAAUAUCACAAUUUCCAACAAAGGAGAUGAUGCUUAUGACACAAAUGUCUUCUUCAAUUUUUCAAAGGAGCUGUACUUUAUUAAAAUGUGGCAAGAGGAGGAGCAAGGCAUUGCCUGUGAAUUGUUGGAUGAAGACUACUUCAAGUGCAGUGUGGGGUUUCCAUUCAUGAGAUCCAGGACUAAGUAUAACUUCAGCGUCAUCUUUGAUACCAGUCACCUGUCCGGAGAUGAUGAUAUUCUUCAGUUCCUGGUCACUGCACAAAGCGGAAACAUUGAACGGGCAGAGUCCUUGCAUGACAACACCCUUAUUCUGGCAGUGCCUCUAAAGCACGAAGUGGACUCAUCAGUUACAGGGACUGUGUCUCCUUCCUCUUUUGUGUAUGGCGAUACAAUUGAUGCUUCCAACUUCAUUAAGCUUCAAGAUAUGGAAUGUGUCUUCCAACCUCUUAACUUCACAUUUCAGGUUUACAAUGCUGGGCCAAGUACACUUCAUACAUCUUUUGUUGAAAUUGAUUUUCCGAAUCGUUUAUCUUCAACCGGAGCGGAAAUGUUCUUUAUUCAAGAUAUUGUGAUCGGUAAAGAAAAAGCACAGUGCACAUUUAAGAAAAAUCCAGCACCAUGUGUGAUCCCACAAGAGAAAGAGAACAUUUUCCACACUAUAUUUGCCUUCUUUACAAAGUCAGGCCGUAAGAUGUUGGAUUGUCAGAAAUCUGCAUAUCCGUGCUUAAAUGUAGAAUGUAAACUAAUGCCAUUAGCUAAAGAAGAGACUCGAAACAUUGAUAUUCUGAUGCUGCUAAAUACAGAAAUAUUAAAAAAGGAUAGUUCAUCAGUAAUCCAGUUUGUAACGAGAGCCACAGUGAGAGUAGGAGCUGAUUCAAGGCUACAGACAAUAGAAGUACCACAUGGGAACUCCCAACAUGCAACAGUGAUUUUUGAAGCCUUACAUAAUCUCGAGCCACGUGGUUAUGUGGUCGGCUGGAUCAUUGCUAUUAGCUUACUGUUUGGAAUCCUUAUAUUUUUGCUAUUGGCUGUACUACUAUGGAAGAUGGGAUUCUUUCGUAGAAGGUACAAAGAAAUUAUUGAGGCAGAAAAGAAUCGUAAAGAUUAUGACGAAAGUUGGGACUGGGUCCAAAAAAAUCAGUGAGCUGCAUAUGCCAUCCCUGUCACCUGACACCCAUUUGCUAGCUGAUUGGCUCUGCUCUUGUAUCUUCCAUAUGUGGAAGAAAAAAAUCUUCUCCAGAUUUUCCGGAGGCUCCUGGAUGCUGUUUAUUCCUUUAUCAAGCUGACUAGCAAAGAAGAGUGUGUCCUGAGGCAACCACUGAAGCUAGAUGAAGUGAUUGGAGCAAUACAAUUUUCUCUGCCAAGAUAAACUUUUACCAUCAUGCUGCAGUGAAUAGCAAUAUUUAUAAAUCCAUUAUUUGUUAUAUGGUAUAUCUUCAGGGGAAGACCUGUUUCCUAUAAAUGAUUUUUUUUUUUUUAUAAAUGUACAACUUUUAUACUGGUUGUGUUUUUAUGUGAUGACAUGUUGUAAGGAAUAGCUGUACAGUUUUUUAAAUGCACUGAUAUCUGAUGCUACAUCCACUGAAUCCUCAAACCUGUUAAUUCUGGAAACUAUAAACACCAUGGCUAAUUUACUAAAGUAAAAAGUGAAGUGAACAUUUUUUGAUUUUAAACAUUCAAUGAUAUGCAGAAGAAAAAUAAGAGUGUCUACUAUAACUGAAACAUUGGAUGUUUAAAGGGAAUGCAGGUUCACUUCACCUGAUUAGAAAAAUAGACCUGGGUUCACAUUAUUUCAACGUUUAAUCAUGCUCAACAAAACAUUUAUUCAGGAAGUUUUAAAGGGCUUUUAGUUUCCAAAAUUUACAGUAUAAGAGGAACAGUAGCUACAUUUUUGCUUGAUGAUGAAUACUUAUACAGAGAAAAAAAAGGUUUUAGGCAGGUGUGUAAAAAUGCUGUAAAUGAAGAAUGCUUUCGUAAAAAGAGGUGUUAAUAGUUUAUAUUUAUCAGUAAACAAAAUAGAAAGUAAGUAAACAGAAAAAAAAUCCAAAUCAAAUCAAUAUUAGGCAUCAACCACCCUUUGCCUUCAAAACGGCAUUAAUUCUAGGUAUACGGAAGAAGGUAGGUUGUUCUAAAACAUCUUGGAGAACUAACCAUGGAUCUUCUACAGAUGUAGGCUGCCUCAAAUCCUUCUAUGUCUUCAUCCCAGACUGACUCGAUGAUGUUGCGAUCAGGGCUCUGUGGGGGCCAAACUAUCCCUUCCAGGACUCCUUGUUGUUGUUCACGCUAGAGAUAGUUCUUAAUAACAUUGGCUGUAUGUUUGGGGAUGUUGUCCUGCUACAGAAUACAUUUGGGGCCAGUUUCAUGCAUCCCUGAUGGUAUUGCAUAAUGGAUAAGUAUCUGUCUUAACAAGGAGUCCUGGAAGUGAUGGUUUGCCACCCACAUAGCCUUGAUCUCAACAUCAAGUCUGUGUGGGAUUACAUUUAGAGGCAGAAGGAUUUGACGCAGCCUACAUCCACAGAUCUGUGGUUAGUUCUGCAAUAUGUUUGGAACAUCCUAGCUGCCGAGUUCCUUUUAAAAACUGUGUGCAAGUGUACCUAGAAGAAUUGAUGCUGGUUUGAAGCCAAAGGUAGUCACAUGGAAUAUUGAUUUGAUUUAGAUUUUUCUUCUGCUUGCUUACUUUGCAAUUUGUACAUUUAUAACAAAAAUUAAAAUAUAUAUAUUUGAGAGUAUUCCUAUUUUCAGCAUUUCUUCACACCUGUCUAAAAAACUUUUCCACAGUACAUGUACCACACACAUACAUAUACAAGUAAAUGCAUAUGUUUAAGCACCAUUUGGAGUUAUAAGCUCAUCACCUCUAUAUGUGUAUAUAGGCAUACACACACACACACAUACACAUAUUUGCAUUGUCAUGUUGUUUCCAUAUUUUAUUGUCUUUUAUGUGCACUGCAUAGCUUAGUAUUGUGUUUAUGAAAGCACUAUAUGAGCGCAUAUGAGAGAGGAAAUAUGAUGCACUUUUAGAAAGAAUUAUAAACCUCAUACAUUUGUAAAUUUGUAAAUGAAAAAAAUCAACAUUUUUACCAUUAACAUGCAAGAUAUAAUUGAGAGAAGAAUUAUAAAGACAUCAAUUACUCAUGUAUUAUACUGGCCUUUGUAAACUGCUGUCUGUAAUAGAAAAGCUAUUCCUUAAAAGGGACACUCAUGCAAAACCAAAAAGAUUUGAAACAUCCUAUUUGGGUAGAGCUAUAGCUGCUUGCUCGGGUCUUCGUGUAUUUUUUUAAUAAUACUCUGCUUAAAUGUCUCUUUAUGGUGAAGAUCUAGGUUUUUGCAACACAAAGCCCUGUCCUUUACAAAUUUAAAGUAGCAAGAGGGGUUGUUCCUGAUGAUAUUUUAAGAUAGCUGUAAAAGGGAUAAGUUAAAUAGUUUACAGACUGGUGGUAUGUUUGCCUCUCUUGAAGCUGACCAUACCGACUGUGCUACACAGUAUUUGUACAUUUAUAUAUACAUUAACUAUUGCCAUGCCAGGGACUUCUCUUAUACUGUGUGUUUUUAAACUAUUUACUGCUGCUGCUGCAGGGGCAGUAUUUGUGUUGUAACUUUUUUCCUAAAUUGCCUUUCAUAUAUUUACAUUUUUAAAUUGUGUCAGUCAAUAUGAUUUGUAGAAAGGUAGACACAGACACACAUAUUUCAUAGUGUCAGACACUGGACUGCAUAAAAGCUGCUUUUCUAUUGCAAAGAAUAAAGGUAAAAGUGAUUAUUGGUUGUA